CUGAGCGACGCUUUCCCUCCACGCCGGGACUGGGUUGUGGGGGAGGGAGGCGGUUAGUGGGCUUUAGCGCCUUUUCUGGCGGCGGUAGAUUUGAAGCGCUUUAAAGGACCGGACCCCGGGAAGUGAAGACUACAGGAGCAAGUAGGUGGCGCGAAGCCCGUGUUGUUUCGGUGGCGUCCUUUGCAGCAGUCCCGGGGUACGAGAGCGGGAAGAGCCCGAGGGGCGGAGCCGACGUGUUAGGCCCGGCGGAGUCAACCGUCUUCGCCUCGAGGUAUCUGGGCUGCCUGGUUCCUGAACGAGCCACCGCCAAGGACCUUGGCUCUGGCUUUGCAGCUGUUGCAGCAGGAGAGGGCCUCCAGCCGCGCCUCCCAGGAGCGAAAGGAUUGGAUUAGUCUGCCUUUGAUUUUUCUCUGUUUAAAGAUUGAAGUAUUGGAGCCAUGGGAAUAAAGGUUCAGCGCCCUCGAUGUUUUUUUGACAUUGCCAUUAAUAAUCAACCUGCUGGAAGAGUUGUCUUUGAAUUAUUUUCUGAUGUAUGCCCCAAAACAUGCGAGAACUUUCGUUGUCUUUGUACAGGUGAAAAGGGGACAGGGAAAUCAACUCAGAAGCCAUUACAUUAUAAGAGUUGUCUUUUUCACAGAGUUGUCAAAGAUUUUAUGGUUCAAGGUGGUGACUUCAGUGAAGGAAAUGGACGAGGAGGGGAAUCUAUUUAUGGAGGAUUUUUUGAAGAUGAGAGUUUUGCUGUUAAACACAACAAAGAAUUUCUCUUGUCUAUGGCCAACAGAGGGAAGGAUACAAAUGGUUCACAGUUCUUCAUAACAACGAAGCCAACUCCUCAUUUAGAUGGGCAUCAUGUUGUUUUUGGGCAAGUGAUAUCUGGUCAAGAAGUUGUGAGAGAGAUAGAAAACCAGAAAACAGAUGCAGCUAGCAAACCAUUUGCUGAGGUGCGGAUACUCAGUUGUGGAGAGCUAAUUCCCAAAUCUAAAGCUAAGAAAGAAGAAAAGAAAAGACAUAAGUCAUCCUCCUCCUCCUCCUCAUCCAGUGACUCAGAUAGCUCAAGUGAUUCUCAGUCCUCUUCUGAUUCUUCUGAUUCAGAAAGUGCUUCUGAAGAGAAAGCAAAAAAAAGAAAAAAGAAACAUAGGAAAAAUUCCCGAAAACACAAGAAGGAAAAGAAGAAGCGAAAGAAAAGCAAGAAAAGUGCAUCUAGUGAAAGUGAGACUGAAAAUCUUGAAGCACAACCCCAGUCUACUGUCCGUCCAGAAGAGAUCCCUCCUAUACCUGAAAAUAGAUUCCUGAUGAGAAAAAGUCCCCCUAAAGCUGAUGAAAAAGAAAGGAAAAACAGAGAAAGAGAGAGAGAGAGAGAGUGUAAUCCACCUAACUCCCAGCCUGCUUCAUACCAGAGGCGACUUUUAGUUACUAGGUCUGGCAGGAAAAUUAAAGGAAGAGGACCGAGGCGUUACCGAACUCCUUCUAGAUCCAGAUCAAGGGAUCGUUUCAGACGUAGUGAAACUCCUCCACAUUGGAGGCAAGAGAUGCAGAGAGCACAAAGAAUGAGGGUAUCAAGUGGUGAAAGAUGGAUCAAAGGAGAUAAGAGCGAGUUAAAUGAAAUAAAAGAAAAUCAAAGAAGUCCAGUUAGAGUGAAAGAGAAAAAGGUAACUGAUCACAGGCAUGUGUCUGAGAGUCCAAACAGAAAAAAUGAAAAGGAAAAGAAAGUUAAAGACCACAAAUCUAACAGCAAAGAGAGAGACAUCAGAAGAAACUCAGAAAAAGAUGAUAAGUAUAAUAAAAACAAAGUGAAGAAAAGGGCCAAAUCUAAAAGUAGGAGUAAGAGCAAAGAGAAGUCAAAGAGUAAAGAAAGAGAUACAAAGCAUAAUAGACAUGAAGAAAAGAGGAUGAGGUCAAGGAGUAAAGAAAGGGAUCAUGAGAUUGUUAAAGAAAAAGAAAAGUCUGAUUCUAAAGGAAAAGAUCAGGAAAGGAGUAGAAGUAAAGAGAAGGCUAAACAAUUAGAAUCAAAAAGUAGUGAGCAUGAUCAUAAUAAAAGUAAGGAAAAGGAUAGACGUGUACAGUCUAGAAGUAGAGAACGCGAUAUAACUAAAGGCAAGCACAGCUACAAUAGUAGAACAAGGGAACGAAGCAGAAGUAGGGACAGGAGCAGAAGAGUGCGAUCUAGAAGCCAUGACCGAGAUCGCAGCAGGAGCAAGGAGUACCAUAGAUACAGAGAACAGGAGUACAGGAGAAGAGGAAGGUCACGAAGCCGAGAGAGAAGAGCAACACCAGGAAGAUCAAGAAGUAAAGAUAGGAGAAGGAGGAGGAGAGAUUCACGGAGCUCAGAGAGAGAAGAAAGUCAAAGCAGAAACAAAGAAAAAUAUAGAAACCAAGACAGUAAGAGUUCACACAGAAAAGAAAAUUCUGAGGGUGAGAAGAGAAUGUACUCUAAAAAUCGUGAUCAUAAUAGCUCAAAUAAUAGGGAAAAAAAGGUUGAUAGAGAUCAAAGUCCAUUCUCAAAAAUAAAACAAAGUAGUCAGGACAAUGAAUUAAAGUUCUCCACAUUGAAAAAUAAGGAGGAUGAGAAGACCAGAGCCUCAGUGGAAAAAGAAAACCAAAAAUCAAAGGGUCAAGAAAAUGACCACAUACAUGAUAAAAAUAAAAAAUUUGAUCAUGAAUCAAGCCCUGGAACAGAUGAAGACAAAAGUGGAUGAGUGAGUUGUGUAAACUUAUUUCCAUUCUGCUCAAAUUUUAAGUUUUAGAGACUUGCUGAUGAAUCUCCUUUAUGUUGUUUUCCUCUUUCCAUUGUUUUUGGGUUUUAUGUUUGUCCUUUUUUUUUUUUUUUAAUGUGGACUUUAUUGAGUUGAUCUUUUGAUAAUCUGCAACCUGGAUAAUUUGUACUGCUAAAGUUUUAAUAAACUUGAAAUGAGAAAAACA